CCCUUUACUCUCCUUUAUUUUCCUUUAUUUUUCCUCUUGCAGACUUUUGUUUCUUAAGACCCAAACACCCGCGAAUCUUUGGUUAGAUUUGACCGUUGUAAAGAGCUUCUUUGAUCUUUUCCAGGAACAAGGUGAAAAAACUAAAAAACUUUGCUGGGUUUUGAGAAUCGAUUUUCAGGGAUGAUUGCAGAGAAACCCAGUUGGAUUAGGCAUGAGGGCAUGCAGAUUUUCUCUAUUGAUAUUCAGCCAGGAGGGCUUAGGUUUGCAACUGGUGGAGGUGACCACAAGGUUCGGAUAUGGAACAUGAAAUCUGUUGGCAGGGACUUAGAAAAUGAUGAAUCUGUACACAGGCUGCUUGCAACCCUCCGUGAUCACUUUGGAUCGGUUAACUGUGUUAGGUGGGCUAAACAUGGCCGGUAUGUUGCAUCAGGGUCUGAUGAUCAAGUGAUUCUGAUUCAUGAGUGGAAGCCUGGGUCAGGAACCACUGAAUUUGGCAGUGGAGAGCCCCCUGAUGUUGAAAAUUGGAAAGUAGCCAUGACUUUGAGAGGUCACACUGCUGAUGUGGUGGAUCUUAAUUGGUCUCCUGAUGACUCGAUAUUGGCAAGUGGAAGUUUGGACAACACAGUCCAUGUCUGGAACAUGAGCAAUGGGAUCUGCACUGCUGUUCUUAGGGGUCACUCAAGCCUGGUUAAAGGGGUCACUUGGGAUCCUAUUGGCUCCUUCAUUGCAAGUCAAUCAGAUGAUAAAACUGUCAUCAUUUGGCGAACAAGUGACUGGAGUCUGGCUCACAGGACAGAUGGGCAUUGGACAAAAUCACUGGGAUCUACCUUUUUUAGACGGCUUGGGUGGUCACCUUGUGGCCAUUUUAUAACUACUACUCAUGGUUUCCAAAAGCCAAGGCAUUCUGCACCUGUUCUUGAGAGAGGGGAAUGGUCUGCCACUUUUGACUUCUUAGGUCACAAUGCCCCUGUUAUCGUGGUCAAGUUCAAUCAUUCAAUGUUUAGAAGAAAUUUCUCCAAUGCUUCAGAAGGAAAAGCUGCACCCGUUGGCUGGGCAAAUGGAGCAUCCAAGACUGGCGGGAAAGAAUCACAGCCAUACAAUGUUAUUGCCAUUGGAAGUCAGGACAGAACUAUAACUGUAUGGACUACUGCAAGUGCUCGUCCUCUCUUUGUGGCCAAGCAUUUCUUUUCUCAAAGUGUUGUGGAUUUAUCCUGGAGUCCUGAUGGGUAUUCUCUCUUUGCCUGUUCCUUGGAUGGGACAGUGGCUACUUUCCAUUUUGAGGUGAAAGAACUCGGCAAUAGGAUAAGUGAUGCUGAAUUGGAUGAGUUAAAGAGAAGCCGUUAUGGUGAUGUCAGAGGUAGACAGGCAAAUUUAGCAGAAAGCCCCGCACAGUUGUUGCUUGAAGCAGCAUCAGCUAAGCAAACCCCUGGUAAAAAGGUUGCUUCUGAUGUCCAUCAAAACCAAGCACCUGUAAAACCUUCUACCAAUUUGGGGCUUACAACAAAGGCUUCUGAGUCUCAUGAUGAUGAUGGGAAGAAGAGUGGAGGAGCUAAUGGCGAUGGGUUAAAUAAAGUGGCAACUUCUGCUCGGAUCUCAAGUCCUGUUAAGCAAAGAGAAUAUAGGCGUCCAGAUGGCAGAAAGAGGAUUAUACCAGAGGCAGUUGGGAUGCCUGUUCAGCUGGAAAAUAUGUCUGGAGGAUCCCAGACUCAAGGACUUGACUUCCCUCUCAUUUCAACUGAUCAUCAAAAUGAUGGUAAUGGAAUGGUUCUUACCGAUGGUGUCACUAAAGAGGGUUCUAUCAAGAGAACUUUUAUUGGAAGCCACGAUUCAAAGGAGCGCUCUGGGGUCACAGCUAGGGCUACCAUUACUGAUAGCCUGGUUAUUGAGAAGAUUCCAGUUUCUGCAGGCAGGGAUGGGGGUAUAAAUGUGGAUCAAUUGGGAAGUGUGAAGGCUUCUGCUUCUAUCGCUGCUUGUAGUACUACCCUUUCAAUUAAGGUGUUUGAUAAGAAGGAAGCAGAAGAUACUAUACCAGUUUGCUUGGAAGCUCAUCCAAGGGAACAUGCUGUCAAUGACCUUGUUGGGAUGGGAAAUACAUUUAUGAUGAAAGAAACAGAAAUUACUUGCACAAGGGGGGCUGAAACCCUUUGGUCUGAUAGAAUAUCUGGGAAAGUCACUGUUUUGGCUGGAAAUGCUAACUUCUGGGCUGUUGGGUGUGAAGAUGGAUGCCUACAGGUUUAUACAAAGUGUGGGAGACGGGCCUUACCAACCAUGAUGAUGGGAUCUGCAGCAGUUUUUAUCGACUGUGAUGAGUGUUGGAAAUUGUUGGUUGUCACAAGGAAGGGAUCACUGUUUGUGUGGGACCUAUUCAACAGGAAUUGUCUCCUUCAUGACACAUUGGCUUGUUUAAUUACUUCAGAUUUAAACUCGUCUGCCAAAGAUGCAGGAACAAUCAAAGUUAUAUCUGCAAAGUUAGCAAAAUCCGGUUCUCCACUUGUUAUUCUAGCCACUCGCCAUGCCUUCCUUUUUGAUAUGAGCCUCAUGUGUUGGCUGAGGGUUGUGGAUGACUGCUUUCCUGGAUCAAAUUUUGCGAGCUCCUGGAAUUUGGGUUUAAUUCAAAGUGGUGAGCUGGCUACACUGCAGGUGGAUGUAAGGAAAUUUUUGGCCAGAAAGCCAGGCUGGAACAGGGUGACCGAUGAUGGCGUGCAGACACGUGCUCAUUUGGAAUCUCAGUUGGCAUCCUCAUUAGCUUUAAAGUCUGCUAAUGAAUAUCGCCAGUGCCUUCUGGCCUACAUACGGUUUCUAGCAAGAGAAGCAGAUGAGUCUCGUUUACGGGAGGUCUGUGAGAGUUUUCUUGGACCUCCAACUGGUAUGGUUGAGGCUAUACCUUCAGAUCCAAAGAAUCCGGCAUGGGAUCCUUGUGUGCUUGGAAUGAAAAAGCACAAACUACUUAGGGAAGACAUCCUUCCAGCAAUGGCAUCAAACAGGAAAGUUCAGCGUUUGCUCAAUGAGUUCAUGGAUCUCCUCUCUGAAUAUGAAAGUGCUGAAAGCAAUCAAGAUUCAAAAAAUCCCAAGCAGCCAAAAUCGGCCCUGCCAGCUUAUGAUCAUCAGGUGGACUUUGCCCCAUCGACAGAACAAAUGGACUCCAUGCCACCAGCAACUGAUCAGAUGGAGAUCAGCCAGCCAGCAUCAGUUAAAGCAGACUCUUCUCCAGCAACAACAGACAAAGUAAAGUCUGAUCCCUCAGCAACAGAUCAAAAAACUCAGGUGCCGCCAGCAGAAGAUGCUGGGUCUUGAUUCUGUAUCAUGUUACUGUUGUAGGUGAUGUUGAUAAAUAUAGAGCAUGUCAAUAUAUAGUGUUGCUGAUGUGGGCACAAAAACUUGUCUUCCUACUGGAGAAAUGAUGUGUGCCCCAAGUGCUAGCGGUGAACAAAGCAUUGUCACUUGGGUGAAUAAUCUAUUUGUAUUUCUCUUGAGCUCUCGCUCUCUGUUGAAGCAACAGCUGGGGAUGUAACAAAAUUUCAUACUUCAGAGUUGGGGCCAACAUUUUUGAUUUCCAUCUUCCCAUUUAUAGUUUUCUGUAAACAACUUGGUGGAUCUUGUUUCUUGUACAAUGGUUAGCGUACAUUUCAUUUUCGCAGUGUGAAUUAAGAUUAUCUUCAUCUA